GUGGACCUGGCAAGCACGCUGCACGGGGCCAGGCACUCCGAGUUUGCCAGCGAGGUGCGCUCCAGCAUCAACGCCAACUCGGACGAGGAGGCCGUGGAGUUGGCGAAGAAAAAGGUGGCGCUGGUGGGCUUCAAGGAGGAACAGAUGGUGAUCCCCCUGACGAAGGAGGAUCAGAAGAUCAAGAUUCCCGUGGUCGUUAGCGGCAACAGAGGGUUUAAGGAUAUCAAGGUCAA